UUCACUCCAAGAAACAUGUGUCAACACGAAACAGCAGAAUAAAUCGUAAACAAAUAAUUAAUGAAUUAAAUCAGUAAAAAUCAUUAAAUGAGGGAUGAAGAAAACUGAUGAAUCACUCCCUGAGAUUUCUGAGGUCCUCGAGAUUUGUGCAGAAGAUGAUGUCCACAAGGAAUUGUCGAAGAAACUCGAUGAAUUAUCCCGAGAGAAGGCCCAUGACCCCCAGGAUGAAGGGGCGAAUAUCCAGAGACAGGUGGACCUGGGGGAAAUCACACCAUUCGAGGCUGACGCCAAGAAGAAGUCCCUCUCGAGCACUGGGACCUUCAAUGCGACAACAGGUCUCUUGGACCUGGAGAAAUACCUCAAAAGACAGGCCGAGGUAGCAGCAAAGCGUAAACAGAAUCCAAAAAAUUCCCUGAAACCCGAAAAACCCCCGAAAAAGGCUCGUCUCGCCUCAAAACUCCAGGAGACCCAUUCCGAAACCGCCGAGAGGCUCAAAAAGUCCCAAAAAAUCCCCGAUAACCCGAAGAAACCCCCGGAAAACGCCCCGACUCAAUUAAAAUAUCCAGACCGGAAAUCCCUCAAAAAAUCUCCCGCCAUAAAAUCUCAUAAUUCAAAAAAUCCUCCAGACAAUCCAAAAAUUCCUUUAGACGCCGAAUCGGGCAGUGAAUACGCCCCAUCCUCGGAUGAAUCCGUUAGCCCCCCGUCCUCCCCCCGACCCCAAAAACGUAAACGCAACCCCCGAAAAACCCUGGACGACGGUGACGAGGAGAAUUACCACUCGCGCCUGUCAAAACUCCCGAGGACCUCGGCGAACCCUUCGGGGACGUCUUUACGAACUGUCUCGAACCUCUUCAAACUCCCCAAGUCCCUGUGGAAGCGCCUGUACCCGUACCAACGGGUGUCGGUCCACUGGCUGUGGGAACUCCACAGCCGGAGCCUAGGCGGCCUCCUGGGGGACGAAAUGGGCCUGGGAAAAACCGUCCAAGUGAUCGCAUUUCUCGCAGGUCUUGACUGCAGUGAAUUGCUGUCAGACGGCGGUCGUUUCCGAGGUCUAGGUCCAACCCUGAUCAUCUGCCCUGCGACCCUGCUUGAACAGUGGGUGGACCACUUCCACUCGUGGUACCCCGCCCUGAGAGUAGCGACCCUCCACCAAUCCGGCAGCUACCACGGAUCUCCCUCCGAUCUUGUGGAGUCCUUGAAGACAGGAGGAGUUCUCCUGACCUCGUACUCAGGCGUCAUCCGAAACUCGGACCUGCUGAUACCCUUCAAGUGGCAUUACGUCAUCCUCGACGAGGGACACAAGAUAAGAAAUCCUUCCGCAAAGAUAACGAAACUCGUGAAGAAGCUGUCGACUCCCCACCGGUUGCUCCUGACAGGAAGUCCAAUGCAGAAUUCUCUGAAGGAACUCUGGUCGCUCUUCGACUUCAUCCUCCCAGGAAAAUUGGGAACACUCGACGCCUUCAUCGAGCACUGCGCGACCCCCAUCACCCGAGGAGGUUACGCCAACGCUUCAACCCUCCAGGAGGCAACAGCUCUCCAGGUGGCGACCAUGCUGAAGGAAGCCAUCACUCCUUAUAUGCUUCGCCGUACAAAAACCGACGUCCAGCAUCACCUCACCCUUCCAGAGAAGAACGAACAAGUCCUCUUCUGCAGUCUCACAGAUGAGCAGACAGAUCUCUACAAGAACUACCUCAUCUCCGAGAACGUCAAGACCAUCCUCCACGAUAAAACGACAACAGACGGCCGGGGCAGAGCGCGAAUGCUGGUAGCGGUCACCGCUCUGAGGAAGAUCUGCAAUCAUCCAGACCUGUUCACGUACACCGCUAAUUCCCCGGGCCACACCAUCCGCGGAGACGACGACGAUGAUGAAGAGGAAGAGGAGAUCGACGAGAACGUUCUCGAGGAAUUCGGCCACUGGAGGAAAUCAGGGAAGAUGACGGUGGUGAGGUCUCUCCUGAAGAUAUGGAAAAAACAGGGACACAGGGCCCUGAUCUUCACCCAGGGCCGACAGAUGAUGGCCGUCCUGGAGGGUCUCCUCCAGAAAGAGGAUUACAAAUAUCUCCGACUAGAUGGUACCACUCCCAUGACCGAGCGCCAGAAAAGCAUCAAACUCUUCAACCAGGACGACUCGUACUUCGUCUUCAUAUCGACGACGAGAGUCGGCGGCCUUGGGAUCAACCUGACCGGAGCAAAUCGCGUGAUAAUUUACGAUCCUGACUGGAAUCCAGCGACUGACGCUCAGGCCAGGGAGAGAGCCUGGAGAAUCGGUCAAAUGAAAAAUGUCACGAUCUACCGAUUGAUCAGUGCGGGUACCAUUGAGGAGAAGAUCUAUCACCGACAGAUCUUCAAACUCCUGCUGUCGAAUAAAGUACUUGACGAUCCGAGACAGCGGAGGCUAUUCCAAACAUCGGAUUUGUCGGAAUUGUUUCAUCUCAACGAACCGAUCGACGGUGCAUCCACAGAGUCUGAUAGAUUGUUUGGAAAUUCGAUAGUCAGGAAGAGGGCCAAUGCCGACGGAGGAGCUCCGGGGGUCUCCGCAGUGUUUGAAGGGGAGAGGGUGGAAUAUCUUGUCGGACGGAGGCUGGGGAGGAGCGGCGGAGAUGAGGAAGUCGUUGAUGAUGAUAAUUAUGUCUUGAGCAAGUUGUUCUCGAAGAGUGGAGUUAGCUCAGCCAUGAUUCAUGACACGGUCCUAGCCAGUGCCAAAGUUGAAGGCCACAUGGUGGCACCUGUUCACAGGCUAGCUCGGGAGAGCGCUCAGGAGAGCAUGGAGGGAAUUAAGAAGAGCAGGAAGUGGUGCUGGAAACCGACGUUUUGAGGCUCAGCUGGAAAUCCUGAUUCUUGAUGUCUCGGAUCAAAGAGGACUUUACAACCCCAGCGGCAUCGUAGUACUGCACCCGAAGAGAGGGAGGGCCAGACGCAAUGGGGGUGGCUGCCCCUCAGCCGCCUCGGUACUGCCUCAGUAGCAGUUCCGCUGUCAAAGGGACCA